UUCCAUUGAAGAUGCCCCGCCGUCACUUCCAGCAAAUCGUGUGCAAAGCAUUGUGGGGAUUUUAUACCCACCCUUGGAAUUUCUCUGAAAGAGGAGUCCCUCGUGAAACUCGGAAGGAUCCUUGACAUUGGAACAGUCCUUCGGAGGGGGUCUAUGACGUAGCUACCUUCAAAUUCGGCCGUUUGAGGAUCCUUCCUUGACUUUGAGAAACACCCCCGUGUGUAGCCCUUUAAGGCUCGUGCAACGUCUAGCUCCGGUGUCUCAGUUAAACGUCACAUACGGAAGUGUCAACAUGGAGGACGGGAGAGAAGCUUCCACGAAUUCACUUCUGAAAGAUGCAGGACACAGAGAGAGACAUCAGACAGAGAGACAGGAGGAAAAAGAGGGACAGCAGACAGAGAGGGUGCUACGCUGAUUUCCUGGCAGAGGACUUCGACGUGAAGACGUACACAGCUCAGGCUAUUCACCAUGCUGUCAUUGCUGAGCAGCUGGCCAAGCUGGCACAGGGCAUCAGUCAGCUGGACAAGGAGCUGCACAGCCAGGUUGUGGCCAGGCAUGAAGACUUACUGUCUCAGGCGACUGGGAUAGAGUCCCUGGAAGGGGUCCUUCAGAUGAUGCACACAAGGAUCAGUGCUCUGCAGGCAGCUGUUGAAAGGAUAAGGACGAAGAUUGUUGACCCAUACAACAAGAUUGUGGCCAGGAUCACCCAGCUUGCCAGGUUGCAGGUGGCCUGUGACCUGCUGCGGAGGAUCAUUCGUAUCUUGUACCUGAGCAAGAGGCUUCAGGGUCAGCUACAGGGGGGCAGCAGGGAGAUCACCAAGGCUGCACAGAGCCUCAAUGAACUAGACUAUCUGUCACAAGGUGUGGAUCUUAGCGGCAUUGAGGUAAUUGAGGACGAUUUGCUGCUGAUCAGCAGAGCCAGGCUCGAGGUGGAGAACCAGGCCAAGAGACUGCUGGAGCAGGGCAUGGAGAUUCAGAAUCCGACCCAGGUCGGCACAGCCCUGCAGGUCUUCUACAACUUGGGAAGUCUAAGCGAGACCAUUACUUCUGUAGUGGGGGGUUACAGGACUACCAUACAGGACAACAUCAAUAGUGCUCUGGACAUCAAGGGCCUCACACAGCCCACCAACUCCAGAGGUGCUCCAGGCAGAGCAGUGCUGCCGACACCUGGCAACACAGCAGCUUUCCGUGCUGCUCUUUGGACCAGCCUGGAGAAACUGAUGGACCAGAUAUGUGCUGCGUGCAGACAGGUGCAACAUCUGCAGAAGGUUCUGAUGAAGAAGCGAGACCCAGUAACUCAUGUUUGCUUCAUUGAUGACAUCAUCAAGGAUGGUCAGCCUGAUAUCCUCUACACCUUCUGGAAUGAUGUAACCAGCACACUUAGUGAGGAGUUUUACAGAGCAACUGAAGCCUCGUCCUUCCUAAAGCAGGCAUUUGAAGGAGAGUAUCCUAAGCUGUUGCGACUGUACAAUGACCUGUGGCGCCGCUUGCAGCAGUAUAGUGCCAGUCUGCAGGGGGCGCUAACAAGCAGCGGAGGAAUGGAUGCAUCUCUGGACAUAGCCACAGAGACAGACAACCAGGACCUCUUCACACAUGGAAAACAGGACUACAACCCAGAGAAGGCUCUAAAGGACUCUCUGCAGCCAUACGAGGCAGCCUACCUUUCCAAGUCCCUCUCUCGCCUGUUUGAUCCUAUCAACCUCGUGUUCCCUAUGGGCGGCCGCAACCCGCCCUCCAACGAUGAGCUGGAGAGCAUCAUCAAGACCAUCAGCAGUGAGCUGAAUGUAGCAUCAGUGGAUCCAAACCUCUCUUUGGCUGUGUCCAAGAAUGCUGCCAAGACUGUCCAACUUUUUUGUGUCAAGUCUGAACAGCUGUUGUGCACUCAGGGUGAUGCCAGUCAGGUGAUAGGUCCAUUAACAGAGGGCCAGCGGAGGAACGUUGCUGUAGUCAACUCCCUCUACCAUCUGCAGCAGGCAGUCACCAAGAUUAUUUCAGGAUUGGGGUCUUGUCCAUCAGCUGCGGCAGAAGCUCUCUCAUCUUCUCUGGAGGGAGUGCAGGUCCUGAUGAGCAGUGCUGUGCAGCCUCUCCUGCAGUCAGUGAGUGACUCUAUAGAGGCCAUAAUCAUCACGCUACAUCAGGAAGACUUUUCAGGACCUCUGUCCAGCCCUGACAAGCCAGAUGUUCCAUGCUCUCUCUACAUGAAGGAGCUGCAGGGCUUCAUCUCCAGAGUGAUGGCUGACUACAUUAGACACUUCCAGUGUGUGGACUUCAUCUAUGAGAGCACAGAGUCCAUAGCUCAGAGGGCCAUCGAGCUGUUCAUCCGUCACACCAGCCUACUGCGCCCGCUGGGAGAGGGCGGCAAGAUGAGGCUGGCUGCUGACUUUGCACAGAUGGAGAUGGCAGUGGCUCCUCUGUGCAGGAGGGUGUCUGAUUUGGGGAAACCUUACAGGAUGCUGCGCUCCUUCAGGCCGCUGCUGUUUCAGACCAGUGAGCUGAUAGCCAGCAGUCCAGCUGUGGGCGACCUGAUCCCCUACAGCACCCUCCUGCACUUCUUUUUCACCAGAGCCCCUCCUGAGCUCAAGUCACCUCACCAGGCAGCAGAGUGGUCUAUUGCCCGUUACUCCCAAUGGCUGGAUGAUCAUCUGUCUGAGAGGGACAGGCUCACUCUCAUCAGGGGUGCUCUGGAGGCCUAUGUGCAGUCCGUGAGGGCCCGGCAGGGGAAGGAGUUUGCGCCCAUCUAUCCCAUCAUGCUCCAACUGUUACAGAAAGCCACCAGUGGCUCACAGGAGGCCAGAGUCUGAGUGUGAUGACACAGUUGUAGAUGUCAUGGUAUCAGGGCAUUACACUAAGCUUUUGUAGUAUGUUAGAGGGUAGGUGAAGGCAGAGAAUGUUGCUUGUUGCAAUCUGGUUCAGCGCUAAAUAAAGCCUCUUUUCUUAUUUGGAACUAUAGCAUCUACAUCCAAGCUAAGAUGUGAUCUUUUCUUUUCUUUUUUUUUUAACAUACAUACAUUUAUGUAUGUUUACAUACAUACAUACAGAUUUUGAAAUUUUUACUUCUAACACUGACAAUAAAAGAUUUGGAUUUGCAAAGCUGAAUAUCGUAACACCCAUCCAUUGUAAUACAACCAACAGACUGUACUUCCAGGAUUAUUUGAAACUAUAGCGCUUAAGAAUGUCUGUAAAGGUUCAUCUCAGUGGCCCAGGUGAUGUGAUCUCUGUAGAAAGCUGAAUCCAAACCACCAUUCAUAUGAAGGAAUUCUGGGGGAUCAUUUCUACUAUUUUUCAACUGUAGAACAGGAAAAUGUUUGAAUCCCUAAUCCAGUGAUUUGGAUUCUGCUUUGCCCGCACGCAGCUGUAGAAAUGGGAAUGUCAAGUUCAUCAAUGACUUAAGAAUAAAAUGGGAAAAUGUU